GCGAGCUGGACCAUAAAAUCGUCGCUUUUACGUCUCUUUUCUUCUCUUAUUGUUAUUAUUAUUAUUAUUUGUAAACUACGAAUGCCGGCUACGGAGAGUCGGCAAGCAACCGAAAAGGGCAAAACACACUCGAAUCGAUCAACGGUAACGAUAGCAGGCAACAAAACAAAAUGGGCAACAAACCGAGCCAAGUCACCAAUUACCCCGUGAGCGAGGAGGAGCUGCGCCACGCACCACACAACUUUUACCUCGUCUUCGGCAAGCCUUCUAUUCGAUUCGCACGCGAUCGCAUGCGCGGACCGCUCAUCUAUGAUGUGCAGGUGGAGUACGACGCUGACGAUGAUGCCCUAGAACGGGCCACCACGCUGGACUUGAGCUGCGCUGUCCCUCGUAGACAAAAGUUCCAACUCAUCUCCAUCGCACAGCAGCCGCCACCGCCCACACCAUCGACGGUAGGGGAUGGCUGCAGCAGAAGCAGAAGCAGCGGCGGCGGCGGUGGCGGUGGCCCGUCUCCUCCCAUCGCAACUGCACAGGGCACGGGACUUGCUUUAACGUUCCGUGUCGCCGCCUCCGCCCCUCCAUCACGGGUGCGGGUGCUGACCGGGGUGUCGGUGGAGUACCGCUCAGGGUAUGGUAUUCACCUUGCCUCCGGCGAUUCGUCUCCCGCACACCCCCGCUGCAUCUACGACACCGACGCGACCGAUGGACUGGACACCGUGGUCACGAGAGCGGAGGUCUUCCCGCAGCACCUGCUGCCCGUGAAGUUUGAAGAGGCCCCGCUCGUAACAAGCACGAUCACCGCGGAGCGGGUCACGUAUGCCCCGCUGGUGAUAGAGGUGGACGUGGGGGAGACGGAAGACCCGAUGCGCAACGCGCGUCAGCCAGCAUCCGCGCAGAAGACGGAGGCGAGGGCAGAGGAGCGCGCGGCGCAUCCGUCCCUCGCAUACUCCCUUCCUGCAUCCCCCAGCAUCCCUUCCACACCGCCACCGCCGUCGCGAAAGCGCAUUCUGCAGUACACGCUGCUGGAGCUUCCAGAGGAAGCCAAGGAGGCUCUUUCCUCUACCGGAGAGACCGACGCAGCGCCGGUGCGACUUAGCUGCAGAGUGUGUAAGCAGCUGCUGCAGGUCGGAAGCGAAGUGUACGACCUGGAAGACGUGUUUGAUGUGGGGCGUGACGAUGAGGAGGCGCCAAACCCGUUGGCAGUCCCAGACGAGGACGAGGACCUCUGUGUGGUCUGCUUAACAAACCCGAAGAACACGACGAUUCUGCCGUGUCGUCACAUGUGUCUGUGCACUGAGUGUGCGACGCACCUGCGGCUGUCGAAUAAUCGCUGCCCGAUGUGCCGAGGUAACAUCGAUCGUUUAAUGACGAUCUGA